AUGUCAGCCCCAACUCCAACUCCCUCCAUGAGUCUCAACGACCACUCGUACAUCCCCCCGCGCCCCACCGACAGCCGCUCGCCGUGCCCCGCGCUCAACGCGCUCGCAAACCACGGAUACAUCCCGCGAGACGGCCGCGCGCUCACCCGCGCCCAGCUCAUCGCCGCCCUCCGCGCGGUCUACAACCUCUCCGCGCCCGCCGCGCGGCUCACGACCGCGCUCGCGCUCGCGUGCUGCGGCGACGGCUCCGCGCUCCGCGGCGGCGGCGGCGGCGGGCGCACGCUCGACCUCCACGCGCUCGCGCGGCACGGCGGCGCGUUCGCGCUCGAGCACGACGCGUCGCUCGUGCACGCCGCCGCGGCCGACGACGACGACGGGACGCCCGCGGCGCCCUUCGCGCCCGUGGCGCGGCAGGCGGUCGCGCGGCCGCUGGGCGCGGUGCACGCGCGCGCGAGCCGGCUCGAGCUCUCGCUGCUCUUCGAGGUGUUUGGGGUGGAGAGCUGGGGAGACGGGGAGGCGAAGGAGUUGGGGGCGGCGGACGGGCUGAAGCGCGUCCCGAAGGCGUACUUGAAGCAGUGGAUGGGGAAGGAGAGGCUGCCCGACGGGUGGACGCCCCGACGAAGGCCGUCGGGCUGA